AUGCCCUAUCUGACGAGAACGGUUCCGGAGGGACAUAAGCCCAGAGUGGCCGUCAUCGGAGCCGGCUUUGCAGGCUUGCGAUGUACAGACAUCCUUAUCCAGAACGGUGCCCAUGUCACUCUGUUCGAAGCAAGAGAUAGACUCGGAGGCAGGGUACAUCAGAGCAAGGUCCAUGAUCAUCUGGUUGAUAUGGGCCCUAAUUGGAUCCAUGGCACUGGGAAGAACCCGAUAGUCAGUAUCGCUGAAUCUACGAACACCGUCGUUCAAGACUUUGAGGGAAACAUGGCUCUCAUAGCCCCUGACGGGAAGCCGAUCAAUGAUGAGGUCGCUGAAAAGAUCUCCGACAUCUUGUGGUCAACCAUCGCAAAGGCUUUCGAGUAUAGCAACAUCUACAAAGAGACGAUCCCUGUGGAUCGGAGCUUGUUCGACUACAUCAAAGAGCAAGUCGAACAUACAGACCUCAGCGAAGACGAAAAGGCUCUGUGUAUUGAAUCGAGUAGGAUGUGGGGAGCAUACGUCGGCGACCCCAUCGAGAGGCAGAGUCUGAAGUUUUUCUGCCUUGAAGAAUGCAUAGACGGGAAUAACUCUUUCGUUUCAUCCACAUACAAACAAAUCCUAGAACAUGUCUCCAAGCCAGCACGCCAGCACGCCGACAUCCGCCUCAACCAACCGAUCACCAAGAUCGAGUCGCCGCCUCGCGAAAAUACCGCCACCCCGACAUCCCCCCAACAAGUCACCCUCACCACGGCCUCCGGCGAGACCUCCCAGUACGACGAAGUAGUCGUCACCUGCCCGUUAGGCUGGCUGAAGCGCAACAAAGACGCCUUCGUCCCGGCCCUCCCACCGCGCCUCACCCAAGCCAUCGACAGCAUCUCCUACGGCCGCCUCGAGAAAGUCUACAUCACCUUCCCCCGCGCCUUCUGGCACACCGACCCCUCCCCUAGCACAAGCACAAAUAAUAAUAACAACAACAACAACAACACCUACAAAUCCUACCAAACCCCCACCUUCGCCCAAUUCCUCAACCCAACCUACGCAUCAACCACCCACCCACCCUCGAUCCACUGGAACCAAGAAUGCAUCUCCCUGGCCGCCUUCUCCGACACCGCAAACCCGCAAACCGCCCACCCCACCCUCCUCUUCUACACCUUCGGGCCCUGCGCCACGCACAUUGUCACCAAGAUCGCGCACCUGGCCCCCACCUCGACAGAGUACUAUCAGGUCCUGCACGAAACCUUCCAGCCGUUCUUCGCCCGCCUCCACAAUUACCGCCCCGACGCGCCGGAGUGCCAGCCCCUGGCGUAUCUGGCGACGCAGUGGCAGAAUGACCCCUUCGCGGGGCAUGGCUCGUACUGUAACUUCCAGGUCGGGGUGCACGAAGCGGAUAGGGAUAUUGAGGUGUUGCGGGCUGGCAUGGGGGCGGAGCGCGGCGUGUGGUUUGCCGGCGAGCAUACGGCGCCGUUUGUCGCGUUGGGCACGACGACGGGUGCGUAUUGGAGUGGGGAGCGGGCUGCUGGGGCGAUUUGUGAGGUUUAUGGGCUGGGAAGAGUCGGGAUGGGGGUUGGUAGGGAUGAUUCGUUACCUUCGGCGGGUGGGGUCAGGGUUGGUGGAUGUUGA